CGAUACAGAAUGCUGGGGAUAUAUAUAAUCCUGCAAACUGCAAGCCAUCAGUAUCCUCGUCAUACCACACCACUGUGAAGAUGAAGGUCGCGGUGUUCCUGUGCGUCUUUGGACUGUCGGUUGCUGUACCAAUGAUCAGACAACCUGCUAGGGAGAUCUUAGGGUCCAUCAACCGAAUCUCCCACCCAAUGGACGAACAAGAAUCGCGCAUUGUCGGGGGUCAGACUGCUAGUACAGGGGAGUGGCCGUGGCAAAUAUCACUUCAGAUUGGGACCUCUCACAUCUGUGGCGGAUCCUUGAUUUCUGCCAACCGUGUCUUAACAGCUGCCCACUGUGUCGAAGCAUACAGCAACAGACCGACUACGUACGAAGUGGAGGCGGGAAUCACCCGAGUUAGCGCAACCGGAGAGAGACGAACCGUGACACGAGUUAACUUGCACCCACAAUACAGUGGUUCAAGUGCAGGUUACCCGAAUGACAUUGCUGUUUUGGAACUGAGUUCUGCUUUUCCUCUUGGCUCCACCAUCGCCUUGGCGACCCUGCCCUCAAACAAUGAAGAUUUCCUUAGCGAACCUCAGAACUGCUGGAUGACCGGAUGGGGACGAACUAAUGUCGGAACAUCUGGAUCAACAUCUAAUUCUCUGAUGGAAGCCCAGAUCAGAAACAUCGGAAAUACGGAAUGUGCCAAUAGGUGGAGUGGAAUCAACGGAGCUAGCAUUUUCAGCAGCCACAUCUGUCUGUAUGAAGAGGGGAAAUCUGCUUGCAGUGGUGACAGUGGUGGACCUUACGUGUGUGAGAAGAAUGGACAAUGGAGACUUGCCGGAGUGACGUCAUGGGGUAUCAGCACGUGUUCGGGUAGCUAUCCCAGUGUGUACACCCGCGUGUCUAGUUACCUCAGCUGGAUCUCCAACUAUUUGUUUCCUGAUGGCCUCCAUCGUAUCGUAAACGGACAGGAGGCCUCCCCCGGGGAGUGGCCCUGGCAGGUGUCCCUCCAGUACCGUCAGUUCUCGUUCCUGCAGUUUUCUCACAUCUGUGGAGGAUCCCUCAUCAGACCAAACUGGGUCCUCACCGCCGCCCACUGUGUUGACGGAAUGACAAGUAGUAAUUUGCGAAUUGAAGCUGGAAUCGACAAAGUUUCUGAGAAUGGUGCUACCAGAUCCAUCAGUAGAAUCAUAAUGUUACAGCAUCCUCAGUACUCCUCUUCUGCUGCUGGGUACCCUAACGACAUAGCUCUGUUGGAAUUGUCCUCAUCCUUCACUGUUGGCGGGGAUAUCCAGCUUGCCACUCUACCUACAAAUGCUAAUGAGGAUUUCCUCUCAAUUACCGACUGCUACAUCACAGGUUGGGGAAGAACUUCAGGAGGUGGAUCUACUUCUGAUGUCCUCAUGGAGGCACAGAUGAGAAAUAUUGCAAACACCGAAUGUGCGACUCGCUGGUCAAGCGUCAAUGGUGCCGCCAUUUUUGACACCCAUAUCUGCCCAUUCGAACAAAACAAAUCUGCCUGCAAUGGAGAUAGUGGUGGCCCUUAUGUCUGCAAAAAGAAUGGUGAUUAUAUGUUGGCUGGAGUGACGUCAUGGGGCAUUAGCACGUGUGAUGGAACGUACCCGAGUGUUUAUACCAGGGUGUCCAAGUAUUUGGACUGGAUGGCAAACUACAUCUAAAUCCUGGAUUCCUCACAUUGAUG